GUCAUGCAAGAAGGAGGCGGCGGCGGCGGCGGCCGGAGCCGGAGGGGGAGGAGGGGAGGAACCUGAUCUCUCCGGUAGCGGAGGGCUGGAGGCAAACAUCGAGCUCCCCCAGAGCCGCCCGGGAGCAGGGAGGGCACCGCUACCCCGAGGGGCCCUCCCCGCGGGGCAGAUGAGUUCAAUAUCCAGAUUCUCUGAGCCAAGUUUUGGGAUCGCCCAAGCAGUCCAUCCUCCUGAAUUUUCAUAAGUUAUUGGAUUCACAACCCACUCCAUAUUUGAGAAGAUGGGGAUUGGAAUAAGGAACAUUUUAGUGGAUAAACCAAAUGACCAAUCUUCACGGUGGUCCUCAGAGAGCAACUAUCCUCCCCAGUACUUGAUUCUGAAACUUGAAAGGCCUGCUAUAGUCCAGAACAUCACAUUUGGAAAAUAUGAGAAAACUCAUGUCUGCAAUUUGAAGAAAUUUAAAGUCUUCGGUGGAAUGAAUGAAGAAAAUAUGACAGAGUUGUUGUCCAGUGGCUUAAAGAAUGAUUAUAACAAAGAAACAUUCACCUUGAAGCAUAAAAUUGAUGAACAGAUGUUCCCUUGUCGAUUCAUUAAAAUAGUUCCACUCUUAUCCUGGGGACCCAGCUUUAACUUUAGCAUCUGGUAUGUUGAACUUAGUGGCAUUGAUGAUCCUGAUGUAGUACAGCCCUGUCUCAACUGGUAUAGCAAGUACCGUGAACAGGAAGCCAUUCGCCUUUGCCUAAAACACUUUAGACAACACAACUAUACAGAGGCCUUUGAAUCGCUGCAAAAAAAAACCAGGAUUGCCCUGGAACAUCCCAUGUUAACAGAUCUACAUGAUAAACUGGUGUUGAAGGGUGAUUUUGAUGCUUGUGAAGAAUUGAUUGAAAAAGCUGUAAAUGAUGGUUUAUUCAAUCAGUAUAUCAGUCAACAAGAAUAUAAGCCACGAUGGAGUCAAAUCAUUCCCAAAAGCACCAAGGGUGAUGGAGAAGAUAACCGACCAGGAAUGAGAGGGGGCCAUCAGAUGGUUAUUGAUGUUCAAACAGAGACCGUUUAUUUGUUUGGUGGCUGGGAUGGAACUCAAGAUCUUGCUGACUUCUGGGCGUACAGUGUGAAGGAGAACCAGUGGACGUGUAUCUCUAGAGACACUGAGAAAGAGAAUGGUCCUAGCGCCAGAUCAUGUCAUAAGAUGUGCAUUGACAUUCAGCGAAGGCAAAUCUACACAUUGGGGCGUUAUUUGGAUUCCUCUGUGAGGAACAGCAAAUCUCUGAAAAGUGACUUCUAUCGUUAUGACAUUGACACAAACACAUGGAUGUUACUCAGUGAGGACACUGCUGCUGACGGAGGGCCAAAAUUGGUGUUUGAUCAUCAGAUGUGUAUGGAUUCAGAAAAACAUAUGAUCUACACCUUUGGUGGUAGAAUUUUGACAUGUAAUGGCAGCGUAGACGACAGCAGAGCCAGUGAACCACAGUUCAGUGGGUUGUUUGCUUUCAACUGUCAAUGUCAAACUUGGAAACUUCUUCGAGAGGACUCCUGUAAUGCUGGGCCUGAGGACAUCCAGUCUCGGAUAGGACACUGCAUGCUAUUCCACUCAAAAAAUCGUUGCUUAUAUGUAUUUGGUGGCCAGCGAUCGAAGACCUAUUUGAAUGAUUUCUUUAGUUAUGAUGUGGACUCUGAUCAUGUAGACAUAAUAUCAGAUGGCACCAAGAAAGACUCUGGAAUGGUUCCAAUGACAGGAUUCACACAGAGAGCAACCAUUGAUCCUGAACUGAAUGAAAUACAUGUCUUAUCUGGACUCAGCAAAGACAAGGAGAAGAGGGAGGAGAAUGUCAGAAAUUCAUUCUGGAUUUAUGACAUUGUGAGGAAUAGUUGGUCUUGCGUCUAUAAGAACGAUCAAGCUGCAAAAGAUAAUCCAAGUAAAAGUCUUCAGGAGGAAGAGCCAUGUCCAAGAUUUGCCCAUCAGCUUGUAUAUGAUGAGUUACAUAAGGUUCACUAUUUAUUUGGUGGGAAUCCAGGAAAAUCUUGCUCCCCAAAGAUGAGAUUAGAUGACUUCUGGUCACUGAAGUUAUGUAGGCCUUCAAAAGAUUACUUACUGAGGCACUGCAAGUACCUGAUAAGAAAACACAGGUUUGAAGAAAAGGCCCAAAUGGAUCCCCUUAGUGCUCUGAAAUAUUUACAAAACGAUCUUUAUAUAACUGUGGAUCAUUCAGACCCAGAAGAGACAAAAGAGUUUCAGCUCCUAGCUUCUGCUCUAUUCAAAUCUGGUUCAGAUUUUACAGCUCUAGGCUUUUCCGAUGUGGAUCACACCUAUGCUCAAAGAACUCAGCUCUUUGACACCUUAGUAAAUUUCUUUCCUGACAGCAUGACUCCUCCCAAAGGCAACCUGGUAGACCUCAUCACGCUGUAACUGAAGAGUCACUGGACAGAAAUGGAGAACGUCUGAUUUCAGUAUUUUGGAGUCCAACUCCGUUGACCGACAAUUAGGCUGCAGUGAUUGAGGACUGCACCAGAAUUUUGAAGGGAUCUUUACUGUCACAAGUUUUAACCCUCUUCCUUCAUACCUGACCUCAGCCCCUUUCUCCUCAUCCCAUUCCUGAAUUAGGCUAAUAAAGUGAAAUUGGUGUACUUUCCAUUUAAAUAUAUAUAUAUUUUUUUCUUACUUUAACUUUUAAGAACUAAUGAGUAUAAAAGAAAAAGUAAUCAGGCAGUUUACCCUUUUCUGAUUUUUAUUUCAUUUUUAUAAAAUUGGGGCAAGUAAGCACUAUUAACAGACUCAGUGCUGUAAUGUAAGAAUUGGGGUUUUGUUGUUGGCUUGUUUUGGCCUCUUUCUCCUCCUCUCCCAUUUCAGUUUACCUCGCAUCAUCAAACUGCUUAUAAGUCAUGCCACUUGUUUACCUCUUUAAUUCAUUCUUAAAAGUGUGGAGUUCUGUAGGGCAAAUGAUGUAAAAGUGAUGUAUGUGUCUCUGUUGACUAGAGUCUUGUAUUACAUUAAACAAUAGGAAGAACAGAGGGCUCAAAUGUAUGCCCCUUGUCAUAGAACUAAAAAAUGAAACCCAAGAUUGAUCCAGGCACUUAUCUGAGAUUGGUCUAUAGUAUUUCUAUAAUGAUAUAUUUUAUAGUGGAUAUUACAAUAGCUUUGAGUCACAGAAACCUUAAACUGAGGAGAAUAUAGUUCAAAACCUUUAAGAGCCAUUAUAAAAAUUACCAGCAAGAAGAUUCCAGUAGUGAUUAAUAUGUUCAUUGAUGUCUUUGUAGCAAAUUUUGGAAGAAAACGACUCUCUUCUCUUGUAGAGCUAUGCUUCCAUUUCUCCUUUGUGCUUUUUGUAGCAUUUUCACUUGGGAGGGUGGGUUUCCAGAGCUAUGCUUUUGUUAUUUCCAUAUACAUUAGCUUCCUACAUCUGUUUCUGUACACUGAUAUUUUGAAGAAUAAUGGUUUGUAGUUGUCCGAUGGAAUACAGCUGACAGGGAUUUCAUUAAGCACACGCAGGCUUUUAAAUGGAGAAAAAGAAAAUAAUGGUACAGAUAUUUUUUCAUUGAAAGAAGGGCAGAUGUGGGGGUUGGAGGUAUUAUGUGUCAUUCCAUGAGGUGCUGUGGAGUGCAGUGUAGGAAACCCACACCUGGCCAGUGCUUACACUUGCUCAAAAAGUGUGCUGUAUGCAACCGAUGCCCACCGUGCCUCAAGCCGACUAGGUACAAUAAAUGUUCAUCAGUCCAGUAGCUGUGAAAAGUGAAUGACCUAAUGGAAUUGAGUAUGUCCCUGAAUAGCGAGAUUAGGCCUCACCAAAGAAAGAGAAAAAAUUGACUUGCACUUUUGAAAAGUCUCAUGUAUAGGAAUGAGACUGAGAUCCCUCUUCACUCUGUCUUUGUUGCUUGGUUUUAACUUAUUUGGGAAUGGACAGCAAUAUAUUUUUCCUAGUUCUAGACUUGAAUCUUGGAUUCCUUAGCUUUCCAAGCAUCCCAAAGCUAUCUGUAGUGAUUAAAUAAUUAGAUAUGUACCUUGCCUUGUGAAAGCUAUAGUAUGUAAUUUACUAAGUACCAAAUUGUGCAGCUGCAGAAUAACUAAUUGACUUUAGAGGUAAGCAAAUAGAAUCUACUUACAUUCCUGUACAGUUUCCAUAAAGUGACUCCCCUGAGUGACAGUCAAGAACAUAAAAUAUUAUCACUAAUGUUGUAGCUGUUGAAUCUUGUUUUGUGGAAACAGGUACAAAUCAGAGAGUUGAUAGGGAAGAACUCGAUAAGAGUUUCUAAAUUUAAAAGCUCUAAUUUUGCUUACUGUGAAUUCUGGCACUUUAAACACACUAACCAAAUGAAAUUCUGCUGCCCUCCACCAUUUAUUUCUACAGUGCUUUCUUUGUUGUUUUUUUUCACCAGUUCCUUAGACUCCAUAUUUGGAAGAAACUCAGUUCUUGACCUCAGUGAUUUUGUUUCUCUCUAACUCACUACUCUACUAGUUGCUUUUUAACAUGUGCUUGCUUGAAUUUUAUCUUUCUCCACUUUAGUUAGGUGGAACCUUUACCCUUUUCUUCGUUUCUGGAUUUUUUUUUUUUUUUUUUUACACCAACCUGUUUAGAUAGGGUUGAAUCAUAGUGAACCAUUCAGUGUUACUUGAGUGGACUGUAUCGAGGAGAUUAUUGACUAGGUAGAAUUUGUUCCAUGGGGCUUUAAAGGAACACUGCUGGUAAUCAUUGCAGGAGACUGUAGGGCUUUAUGAGAUCCAUGACCAGGACUGACACACUACUCACAUCUCACACCACAACCUGAUUGGAAACUAUAGUAUAUAUUACAUAUAUAUAUAGUGAGAAGCUACAUAUAUUUCCAAGAAUUCCAGCAGUAUAAUUUAAAUUAUAAUUUAAAUAAUCUAAUUUGGUAUUUAGACACAGUGUUUAAAUAGGCCAAAUUAUCUGUGCUCUACUACUUGAAAGGCUUUCCUUCUAGCUUAGUGAGUCCCAGAUUGAAACAUCGGGCUAAUGCUCUAGAUGCAUUCGUUAGUAGGGUACAGUUUGCUCAGUGUCGUCAUCCCUGGCUCCAACUUCAUUCCCAUUUCUCUCUUUCCCAAUGGAAUAUAUUAUUCCAGAAUAGUAAACUAGAUCUCUAACAUUAUUUUCAGUGCUUGUACUUCAUGAGAAAUUACCUGAUUUGAAAGAUAAUUCUAAAAUGCAUUUGUAUUCUGUGGAAUAACAGAGACCUCGUGUGGCCAGUUUGAUUAAUUCAAAUGUAUCCAUCACUUACUGAAGCAAAGGAUUGCAGACUUGGGUGCCUGACUCACUACUCAAGCUGACAGAUGGUCUUAACUCUUCACAAAAUCCUCCUUUUAGACAUGGUUUUCAUUUACUCUAAAACAGACCUGUCUGUGUCUAAAUAAGUAAAAACUGAUAGAAAACAUUAGAAAGUUAAGUCACUGGUUUAUCACAGAAAGGUUUGUUGGUUUAGAGCACAAUGAUUUAAGAUGAUAAAACUGUUCUUGGGUGAAAUAUAUAUGUUGAAUGUAAAUGGUUCCUAGUUUAUCCUUCUAAUGGAUCUCUUCACGUUGGCCCACUAUUUGGAGAUACAUUAACAAAAUUUCACGUAAUAAAAAAGUUUUAAAAUCUAACUUACAAACAAAAACUAGAUUGAGAAUGAUGUUUAAGGGAUCAAAAAGCAUUUAGGAUCAUCUUCCUGAUUUUAGCCUCUGAAUUGUACUCCAUUUCAUGAUUACAACAUGAGGAAGUCAUAAUUAUUCUUGACAAUAAAGGGAAUUCAUUGGGUAAAAUUGUGGGUCAUUUACUUAUCUCCUGUGUGAAUGUUAUAUUAACUCUUUAGAUGGUUGAAUGUUGAACGGCAGUUGAGAAUUAUGAUUUGAAGUGAUUUCUGUGGGAGGGGAUCAUUACAAAUGUGUACUCUAAACGACGUCAUCUAGCUGUAAGAAAAAAAUAUAUAGCCUUCAGAACCUUCCUUUUCUUAAAAAUCCAUGAUCGUCUGCAGUUCCAUCCUUUUUCAUAAAACUCUGGCCUGAAUUUUUACUAAGGUUUAAAUUCUUAAAAUUGUCCUUCAUCUGGGAUUGCAUGCUUCCUCAGUAAAAGUUUAUAGUUAUUGAAGAAUAUCUUCUCAGCAUAUGACAAUACUUGUAGAUUAGAUCUUUGGGCUCUUUCACUCAAAGGUUUUUGUAGUAUUAGUCAAAUGACAUUAUUCUUUUGUGAUUUUUGACUGUAGCCUAUAUCUCCCUGUGAUUUGUACCAAUGCUGAAAUUUUAGACUUGGCUGUCUAAAAUUUCUGGUCUAGAGGUAUUUCAAUUGAAGGUGUAAGUUUCCAAGUUUGUUGAAACAGUUCGUUGGGAGCCAACCAGAUCAGCUCAAUGAUGUUGCCGUUGUUUGUUUUGGCAGGAGGACUCAGUUACAGUUUGUUAAUUUCUUCACCAGAUGCUUUUUCCUCAAAAAAAAAAAAAAAAAUGCUGUCUUAGAGAUUUUAUUUUACAUAAUUUUUUAACCUUGAUCCCCUCCUACCUACCAAAUAGUGUGAAUUGUGUAUCCAUUAUUUCCUUAGCUAAACUGACUUUAUUCUCAGCUUUUUUAGCCCUAGGUUUUCUGUGGCAUUGCUUAAAAGUGUUGUACUGCUUAAGAAAAAAAGUCAAAAUCUGAGGCAAACAUGCUCUUUUAUCCUUGUUUAUGACAGCAGAAUAGUGAAAUUAAAAAUUACGCGUUAUUAAAGAAUUAAUAAUGUUCAGACAUUGCUGUAAAAAUCCUCGAGUCAGUUUUCACUUGGAGGAUAGUAACAUGGCUAUGGCAGCUUCAACGGAGGAGCCAGUGGUAGCUUCUUUUCCUGGCACUAGGAAGCAUGUCAUCCUAAAACGGUUGAUCAGGUACAAGUUUCAUAGCAGGGCUUGUGUAAUGCAGCACAUCACCAGAUUUCCAUUUGCCUUUGUCUUUAUAUUUUUUAGCCUUCUUUCCUCUACUCCUACCACCCCUGAGUAGCAUUGAUGUUUCUGCUGAAGUUAGGAUUUGUAUUAAGAAUUGACUUUCAGUUUCUGAUAUAGUCGUGUGUUAGGAAUAGCUUUGAUUGCUAUGCAGUGAUUGGUAUUUGCUCGUUUUUUAAAAUUAUCACUUAUAAUUAUGAAAUAAUUUACCUUUUUAUCUGCUGUUCAAAGAGGCUAGUGAACUAUGAAACAUUGGCGUGCGGUUCUGUUUUGCCUGUCUAUAUGGCAUUUUUCACUUGGAGGCAUUUGAACCCCUGGAGAGGGGAGAAUGAGGAUAUGUUAGAGAAAGAAAAAUAGGAGCUUUUUGCUCCUGGAUUCCAAGGCCCACAAAGCUAAAUGAAAAAGAAAGCUCUUCAUUUCUGACCCUAAAUUCACUUUACCAAUGAAGUGCUGGGAAGAUGACUGUCAAAAGGCAUCAAAGCUCACUUACUCUGUACAGUUUUUGGAAAGCGGCAUUUCCUGGUUAGAUUCUCUUCUCCAUUUCUCCCAAAUAACUGUUAGAGAUCUUGAAACAGAAAAGCCAGUGUAAUGGGCUCUAGAGUUUAAACUAGGUGAGCAGCUUCUUAGGUUCAGCCAGUUCCUUGAUAAGGAUCCAGCGGAAAAACCGGCAAUGAAACAUUUUAACAUGCAGUUUUUGGUGGGCUCCCACACGACCUGCUUUUUCAUCGCGUUUCGCUCUUGCUGCAGCACAGCUCUGUGCCAUCUGGGAUGCUCACAUUCACAGCAGUUAGUUUGGAUAUUUGAGCUGUCUGCCACACAAAUACCAGCCUGAAGACAUCAUCAUUCUUCAGUUUCAUUGAAUGCUUAAUGCCAAAUUAAUUGGCAGGAAGGAAAAACACUGUGUGAUAUACUGAACAGGCCUCUGUGCAUGAUUAAGGAGUUGCUCAAGUAGCUGGUUUUUUCAGCUUUAUUUCUCUCCUUUGUUAACAAAUCUCAAGGGGCGCCUGGGUGGCUCAGUCAGUUGAGCAUCUGACUUCGGCUCAGGUCAUGAUCUCGCUGACCAUGAGUUUGAGCCCUGCAUCAGGCUCUGUGCUGACAGCUCAGCAGAGCCUGGAGCCUGCUUCAGAUUCUGUGUCUCCCCCUCUCUCUGCCCCUCCCCUAUUCAUGCUCUGUCUCUCCCUCUCUCUCAAAAAUAAAGAUUUAAAAAAACUAAAAAAAAAGAAAAUCUCAAGGAAAAGCCUUUGUUAUAGUUUAGCCAGUGUCAUUUUGUUGGUGCUUAUUUUCUGGCCUUUUAAAAUGGGAAGAAAAAGCCAUUUCAUGUUUAACUUACAACCUGUACAGAAUUGAACUGACAUCAGUUGCUUUCUAUACUUUAAAAUUAAUUAUGCACAGUCCCAUGGGUUUCUGUUCAUCCACUUGGCCAGGAAAUACACGAGUUCUGGGCUUGGCAUUGGAAGUAUUUAAUAAUUUUGGUUUGUUCUUUAGGUCUCCUUCACAUCUGGAAAGUGAGUAAUUAGAGAAGGUACCUGGAAUAAGUGUGAUUCCAUUGCAGCUGGCAGAACUUUAUAAAUUCCUUUUGCAACAAAGAGGAGGAUCUUAUACCAACAGGGCUGUGCCUUCAGAUUUCUGCUAGUGACCUUUUUAGCAUGUUGCCUUGUAGUUGCCGUAUUUACCUUCUUGAGAUGAAGGUGGGGGAGUGGAGGACAGGGAUGCAUGGCUUUACCUUUUUUCAGUUGCCUACUUUAGAAGUCCUCAGAUACUCCACCUCUGUAAAGGCCUAGCUUAAUUUUACCUAGACACAUGGGCUAUGCUUGCAAGAACACUGAAUAUAGACUGUGAGACAUACGAAAGUAGUUGUCUAUGCAACCCCAAAUCUGACGGUAGGGUACCAACGUCCAAAAUUUAAAUAUGAGUAGUCUUCUGUGGGGAAGAUGUGUGUUUCAAAAAGUUGUACACUUGGUCUCCUUUUUGAGAUUUUUUUUUCCUUUCCCAGAAAAAAUGGUUGUGGUGACUGACCAGUUGUAAACUAUUUUCUCCCUCAGUUGUAAACCACCCGGUUAGAGAAAUAAAAGUGGACUUCCUUUCUUAAGUAUUAUAUACAGCCUGGCCAAGAGAUGCUAUGAUUGUGUUAUUCUUUAAGCCACCUUGGUUUUUUGACUUGUGCAAAAUAUCUUUUGAAUGAAUAAAUUAGUAUAGUAUUAUGUAUAGUCUUCAGCUCAAUUGCAAAAUUGCAAAAUAAUGUGGCAUUUUCCUAUGAGCAAAUUUCCUUUAUGGACAUAUAUAUAGAGAUAUUUUUUCUUUCUUUUUAAAAGAGAUUCCUUCACUGUCACCACUUCAGACUCCAUGUAAAGUUGAACCUGCAACCUCAGAAGGAGUAUAGGAUAGCUAAGACAAGGACCUCCUUUUCUUGUCUUGGUAACAAACAUUAUCCCAUCUUUCCAAAAUGGCUUAUUUAUGUUAUAAGCAGAUUGAGAAAGAAGCUACAAUUUUUUUAAGUCCACUCUUUUACUUCCUUUAUAAAUUAGUAUUCAUUGGGGGCACCUGGGCGGCUCAGUCGAUUGAGCGUCCGACUUUGGCUCGGGUCAUAAUCUCACGGCUCAUGAGUUCGAGCCCCAUGUCAGGCUCUGUGCCAACAGCUCAGAGCCUGGAGCCUGCUUCAGAUUCUGUGUGUCCCUCUCUCUAUCCCUCCCCUGCUCGCGCGCUUUCGCUCUCUCUCAAAAAUAAACAUUAAAAAAAAAUUAGUAUUCAGUGGCCAAAAAUUAAGAUCCCUUCAGAUUAGAGAAAGAUCCUCAAAACUAAAGUUGGACUGGCAAUUAGAUUGGGAAGGAAGAUACAGCUCCAUCCGGAUAUGCACAAUAGAUUUUGUCUUCCCACGUUGCUUAUUAAUGCUGUGGGCAGCCCCUUCUCUUUGUUAGAACAUCUCCUAGACUGGAAACAUGAUGUUACAGCAACCAGCUCACCGGAAAGUUGGAGAGUAUUAAAUUUCUUUUAUGGAACUUUUAAAAACUUACUGAUUUUUGUGAUAUAAAAAAUAUGUUUAUCAUUGAAAUUUAGGAAAUUACUAAAUGUAAAGAAGGAAAACCACUAUUAACUAACUGAUGAGACUUAAUUCAUUUUGUUUUUCCUGACUUUCUUCUGUUACCCCACAUGGGAAAGCCCAGAAAAAAAAGAAAAA